CUGACCGAUAGCGUCAUUACGUCACUCUGCAUCCGAACCCAGACCAGUCGCAGCCAUUUUCCUCCGUGAAAUAAACUUCAAUCUCUAUGCUAGACGGGAAAAACCCCAAAUACUUCAGACGAUUCCGUUGACACAAACGGACAUCUCGCUGUGAGCCGCAGCUCGAAUGGAACCGGGUUUUCAAGUCUUCGCUAUUCGGUAGCAGGGAGACGUAACAUAAAGGGACCCAUACUCCUCUUGCUUCCCUCCACCCCAAUCCCCUCCUGAGGCACGAUGGAGCCCCAGGCUACCCAGGGGCAGCUAGGAGCAGAGGGGGAUUGUGGGAUGUCAAGUCUACUGGUACCCAGUCCCCAGAGCGAGGCGGUGACCCACGAGAUGGAGGAGCUGUCGCUGCAACCCACGCAGAGUCUUCCACCGCUCAAUGAACGCAAAAAUGUGCUGCAGUUGAGGCUUCAGCAACGGCGAACCCGGGAGCAGCUGGUGGACCAGGGCAUCAUGCCACCUCUGAAGAGCCCAGCAGCUUUCCAUGGGCAGAUUCGUAGCCUGGAGAGAGCCAGGACAGAGAAUUUCCUAAAGCACAAGAUCCGCAGUCGUCCAGAGAGAGCAGAGCUGGUCAGGAUGCACAUCCUGCAAGAAACUGGAGCGGAGCCCUCACUGCAGGCCACCCAGAUGAAGCUGAAAAGGGCCCGACUGGCCGACAACCUCAAUGAGAAGAUCGCCCAGAGGCCAGGCCCGAUGGAGCUGGUGGAGAAAAACAUUUUGCCAGUGGAUUCCAGCCUUAAACAGGCCAUCAUUGUAGGACAGGUGAAUUAUCCCAAGGUUUUGGAUGAAGACAGUAGUGACGCCCUGUCUCCAGAGCAACCAGCCAGCCAGGAGUCUCAGAGCUCUGUCCCUUCACCAGGGGACACCAAAAUGCCAGAGACACCUUCACCAGUCAUGGCACCAGCACCACCACCCAGUACCAUUCUGCAGGCUAUCCCAACAACAGACUUCAUGAAAGUUCUCUCCACCAAUGAGCUGCCUGCCAGCCGCCCAGCUGUCACUCCUCUUCAGCCAGUCACUACAGUUGCUCCCCCAAAACCAGGCCCAAUGCUGGUUAAACAAAGCCAGCAGAAAGCUGCGUCAGAGAAGAGUCGCAGUAAGAAGGGCAAAGAGCCAAAGCCGAGGGUGAAAAAGCUCAAAUACCACCAGUAUGUUCCACCAGACCAGAAGCAGGAGGCCAGUGAGGCGCCCAUGGACUCGUCGUAUGCCCGACUGCUGCAGCAACAGCAGCUGUUCCUGCAGCUGCAGAUCCUCAGCCAGCAACAGCAACACUACAACUACCAGACUAUAUUACCAGCACCUCUCAAACCUGUGGCAGAGGGUCAGAGCAACAGCGCCGGCACACUGCCAACUUCCAUUGUGGUGUCUUUGCCCACUGCACCUCCACCUCCCCCGCUGCCUUCAGCUCCGGCUCGGCCAAACAACUCGCUAUCCAACCGCAAGCCAGGUGUCUUGCCUGCCAACCUGGAAGAGAUGAAGGUGGCAGAGCUAAAACUGGAGCUCAAGCUGCGUGGCCUCCCUGUGUCAGGAACAAAGACUGAUCUGAUAGAAAGACUGAAGCCUUUCCAAGACAAUCCCAGCACCACUGCUCCUACCACCAUUUCUGCUCCUGCCACUACCGCCUUCUCCGCCAUCCCCAUGGAGGUCACCACAACUACCACCCCUGCCAUAGUACUUCCAGUCCAGCAGGUAACUCCAGAGAAUAUAAGCACCACGCCGCCGGUCUCACCCCUUCCCCCUGAGCCCUCCAUCCUCCAGCAGGAUGUAAGUAUGCCCGAGGCUCCAUCUGAAAUCCACAUGGUGAGCUCCGGUUCAGUAGUCCCACAGUCCUCACCUCUUCCAACUUUUCGCGUCCCAGAGGAAAAGGACAGGAGGCUCCAUGAGAAGGAGCGGCAGAUAGAAGAGUUGAUGAGGAAGCUGGAGCAGGAGCAGAAGUUGGUGGAGGAGCUGAAGUUCCAGUUAGAGGCAGAGAAGAGAGGUCAGGGUGGCAACGCUGCCGACUCUGUCUCUCUACCUCCUCAACUCACAUCUGUACCUGCCAUGAACUCUAUUCCUGCUGUCCUCAACUCAAAUGUAGUAAAGAUGGAGGGUACCGUCCUGUCAAACUGUUCGUCCACCACCGCUGCCAUCCCAAACUCAAUCCUCACAGCCCCCUUGCCAACAGUGGUGAAGUUGGAGGAUGUGACUGUUUCUUCUGGCAAACCACUGCAGCUUCAGACCCAAACCCAGCUCAUCACCCAGAUCCAGCCCCAAGCCCAGCCCCAAGUCACCACCAGCCCUCAGCUCAUGCCCCAGCCCCAGAAAAGUCCCAAACUGCAGUCCAAGCCUCAGUCGCAACCUGCACCCCCCAGCCUUCAGCAGUUCUUCAUCAGCCACCCAGGGGUGUCCCAGGUGCUGGGUCAGCCUCAGACCCUGUUAACUGCAUCUGGGCAACCUCAGACUCUGCUGACCACGACCGGCCAGGCUGGAACUCAGAUCCUCCUCCCUGUGUCACUUCCCAACAACGCUACUACAAUCCAGCUGCCAAGCACCACUGUCAGCCUGCAGCCUGUUCUACAGGCCACAGUCUCAAAUCCAGGCCUGGUCCAGGCUCCAGUUCCUCAGCUGCAAACCACUAAGAUGGAGAUGGCACCCAGCCAGCAGCCGUUGCUACAGACUUUGCCUAUGUGCAAUAACACUACUGGUUUGGAGAACCACAACAGGCCUGAGUUGAAUCCCCAGUGUUUCCUGAGGAGCUCCCCAGAAAACAGAGUCUCUCCACGGACUUCACCCAAUCGCCACAUCUCUAAUGGACCCCUAAAUAAGGCUCCUUCUCCUCAGCCCACCUUCAUACUGCAGCCCACCUCCCUGGUUGCUCAGCCUCCCAAGACAAGAGAGCCUCCACGCUAUGAGGAGGCCAUCAAACAGAGCCGUAACAUGCACAUCAACAACGUUUCACAGGUUCCCUUGGCAACCAGUCAGCAAAUGGAUGACUUGUUCGACAUCCUCAUAGAGAGUGGAGAAAUCACUCCAUUUAUCCAGCAGGACCCUCCAGUGCCUCUCACUAAGACCCUCCCAGUCACAGCCAACAUCACCACUCUUCCCGUCAGCACCGUUCUGUCCAGACCACCCCCACAGAUCCAGGUGGCUCCCCCUCCCAUCCUGAGCUCCAUCAUCAACCCCACCUUGCCCAGUCUGUCCUCUCUGGCUACAGACAAUCAGCUGGAGGCCUUCCUGGAGGGGACUCUGGCUGAAACUUCGCCGGCAUCAGACCCGCGCACGCAGGGCCUGAUGGAGGAGCUGCAGGCCCAGUUAAUGGACCAGCAGCCCUACUCGCCCAUGGACACAUCAGACCUGUCUUUCUGUGACUCCUCGCCUCCAUCCUCGCUCAACAUGGGCCUGUCUGACCCGGCUCUGGACAACAUGGAGUGGCUGGACCUCACCAUGCCUCCGGGUCCUGCCGGGGCGCUCACACCGCUGGGGAUCCCGACGGACUUCCUGGAUACGCAUGACCUGCAACUGCACUGGGACUGACGGAGGGCUGGGUAAGAAAGAUGGAGGAGAGUUUGCAGUGCAGCUGAGCCAGGCGAGAGAGGCGGAUGGAUGAAGAGGAAAAGGAAGGGACGGACAGCUGCAAAGAGGUUGGGUUACCACAUUUUAAAUAUAAGAAGAGAGAACAUGGCACUCUUAUCAGUGCAUCCAUACCAUCUGUAAUAUUCCCACUAGUCUCCAGGAGGAGAUGCUGUACAGGCUGAUCUACGAGGAACUACAAGUAGGAGUUUGCACAGCUUGAAGAGAGCCUGUUAUAGGCAGGAAAACGUCCGCACUAAGGUGAUCCUGGUCACUCAUAGUUUUUGUGAUAAAGGGAUUUUAGACAGCGUUGACUUUUUUUUGGUGUCUGAUGUCAUGAUUUUAAGGGUCAUUUACAGAGCCAAGGAGACAGAGCCAAAUUCAGACUGGUAGAACAGACUGUUUGUAAAUACAGUUCAAGCCACACUAAUGAAUGAAAUCGUGUCCAUUUUAUCGUCUAAGAGCAGUAGCUAAAUGUGUAAAAGGAUUUCUGGAGGUGGUCUGAUGAGAAGGCCUUUGUUCCACUGAAGCAUACUGUGCCGAAUGAGGUUGCAGAAGCUGGUGGCUACAACAGAACUUGGUCUAAAUGAUGUUUCAGACUACAGAAAGCUGUAAUUAACAAUUGAAAGGAGAUUCGAUUCUCAACAAAGAGGUGUUUGAGGCCUGCCCUGGGAUUAUCGGUGCUGUACUGACCACCUGGGACCGCUUAGGCUAAACCAGUCUAAGUGCUUUGAGACGUUACCUCGGCCUGUCUGAGGCGCUGGACAGUCGUGUCCAUCUGCUCCUUCUUGAUCCGAAGCCAGACGUCCUCAGUAAGGCAGUCGGUCACCAAGCCAAGAUGUAAAGAGAUUCCUAGAUGAGAGCAGGUCAAGCCUCUGUUCACACUGGUUCCACUUAACUGUGGAUGACAUGUUUGCUGACUAAUCUGAUGUGAUUGUAUCAGAUGUGACUGUUUUCUUCUGACCUAUCAUGACCCCCGCCGGUCAAGCUGAACAACCAAUGACUAAAAAAAAGAUUCGACGAGAGGAGGGAGCUCCUCCAUCAAUGUGAGAGCUAUGCACUAAAGAGGCUGAGAGGUCAGACGGUUCGCCUCAUCCACCUCAGAACAAGGAAAUGUGAACACUGCAUAUCUAAAGUGAUCGGCGUACGGAUCACGUUGCCACCUCUGGAGAUACCGCAGCUUUCCAAGUCUCUUAUUUUGAAUGUACUUUUAAAAAAAUAUCUAAAAAAAUAGGACUUAAAAAAAGUUGGCAGCUUUUUUUUCCUCUGAUGAUGAACUGACAUACAACAGCAGAAAGGGAACAAGUAUCAGUUUAUGCAGACGCCUCUCCAUAGCAGGUGUGCUGUGAGUUAUAUCAAGGAAUAAAGAUGUCUUUGACGAGCUUUAUAUCUAGCUGUCCUACAAUAUCCCUGCACUUUGUCUCUCUGUGUGUGUGAGUGUGUGUGUGUCAGGAUGGGAAAUAACUGCAUCACUAGCCUACAAGCAUGCUAGUUAAAAAUUGCCUGCAGCUGAUGAGCUAGUUUGCUUUGCUAGUCCUUUAUCAAGCAACCGACAGCCCGUUGGAGGAAUCAGAAUACUCUAAAGCAAUGUCUGGCUGGUGAAAUAGCCAAACAUCUGAUGCAUCAGCUACUGCAGCCUGUAGACAACGUUAGAUUCCUGACCGUGUGUGAGAAGCAAGCAUGUUGUGUGCGUGCGUGGACUUGUCUUCCCGUCUCUUGCAUGUACAUCUGUGUCUCUGUGUGCAUGAUUGUAUUCACGUUUAAUCUCUGGCUGUUUCAAGCUCUUUCUCAGCUUUUGCCAUGAAGUUGUCUGAAGAAAUUUGCUGAUAUCAAAUCUAACCAUUUGCUAACCACUCGGCUUGUUCCAAAUUUGGCUCCUUAAAAGGCCUCUGACUGUUUUUCUGUUUGAACGUGUCGUGUUGUUUGGUUGGUGUCCUGCAGUCGGAAACACACAGACACUUUUAAGGCUUGAGGAGCUGGUAAAGAUCGCUUUUUGUUUUAACUUCGUUUUUAAUUGAUCGCCUCAUAUUCCACUCACUGUUUCUGUUCACACCUGAAUAUUGAGUUACUGAUUUAGCAUCUCAGUCUAUAUAUUCUUUGGGGACUGAUGCAGUUUAACUGUAUGGCACUUUGAAAUAAACCUUUUGUCUUUUUUUUUUUUUAAAUCGGUCAGUGAAACCUCGUUUACGUUUUAAUUUUAAUUUUUAACCACUCUAUCCUGUCAUUACAUCCAUGGGCAGUAGAGGGCGGCGCUGCUCUUGUCUCUUUACGGCACAUUUUCAACUGCAACUUCAGGGUCAUUUCAAACAGCAAAAAAACCUGAAACGAGGCUGACUUUUUGUUUUGCGUCUUAAAGAACCGUAUUUUCUUGCCUGCAUGAUGCUGACUCGCUGUCAGCGAUAAUGCAGAGACCUGAGCACACUGAUUGAGAGCCCUUUACAGUGUCUUGUCAGAGCUGCUGCAGUUAAACAUUUAUCAUCUGACCAGGCCGAGACACACGGAUGUGCUCAAUCCAAAAUGUCUGACCACCUCUAAGAGUUAACGCCAAAUACUGUCCGCACACACUUUCUUCUGGGCUUCUAGUGUUGUAUUUUGUUUCAGGUGCUUUCUACGAGCCUGUGUUAAAGGUGGAGUAAGACAAUCUCGAGAGAGUUUGUUGAUCCAAAACACAACAGCGUAAAAACUAGAGAGAGUUGCAAAAAAAGCUCCUUUCCCUGAGUUCGGGUGUCUUGGUCCGUGUCUGUAAGCAAAGAAGCAGAGCAUGGUGGUGCAGAAACAGACUUUUUGCUCACCGUUUCGAAAAUUCAGUUUCUUUAUGUAACUUGCGCAGUUUUUUUCUUACUUAUAAAUAGGAUUGAUGUUGUAAGACAGGCAAUGACAAAUGUGCAAAAAAGACAGAAAACUGGAUGAAAACUUGUCUGAAAGUAAAUAAAAUAAUACAAAAUAAUAAAAAAAACAAGCAGAAAAAAGGAUAACUUGUAAGGUUAAUUUCUAACAUAAAUAUAGAUGUAAAGCUAGAAUAUUAACCCUCCUGUUGUCCUUAUUUACAGGCACCAAAACAUAUUGCUCCCUUGUCUGAAAGAAAUCCAAAAAUUCAGCAAAAAAAAAAAUCCCAAAGUUUCUGAAAAUUUGCAAAACUUUCAGGAAGAAAAUUCCAGUAAUUCCUUCAAAGUUUCCCUUAAAAGUUUGGUUUUUAAAAAAUCCCCCAAAUUUGGCUAGAAAAUUCUUGUAAAUAUUUUCAAAAAAUUAGUAAAUAUCUUCAAAAAAAUCCUAAAAAUAUCUAAAGUGAUUCCAUAUAUAUCAGUAAAACUUUUAAUAUUUUCUUUAAGAACAUUCACAUCAAAAAUGAACCAAAAUCCAUGUGUUCUUAAAGAAACAUUUUUAACAUUUCUUUUUUUGUACCAAAAAAAUGUUCAAAGAUUUCCCAAAAAUGUUGAAAAUGUGGACAUCAGAAGCUUCACUGUGAACAUUCCCCCCACCCCCACCCCCACAUUUUCAAACUUUAAAUCGGGUCAGUUUUGACCGACACGACGACACGAGGGUGAACACCACUAAGAGCACGUCUUUAGUAUGGAACUUUUUUUGCCUUUGGCAUUUACAGUCAAGCCUGAAAUCAUUCAUACCCCUAACAAAUUUUCACUUAAAAUUACUUUUAAACGUAAAUAAAAGCUGAAAAAUUAUUUUUUCCAAAAUGACGCCUCUUGUACAUCAUCUUAUCUUUUGAGAAACACCUGUGUCAUUCCCAAUCCAAAAUAAUAAUAAAAAAUUUGCUGAUUGAAUAAAAGUAACUUCAAGUCAAAAUUUGCUAGAAGUAUGAAUAAGUUCAGGCAUGACUGUAGUACCUGCCUAUACUGAGUCCCAGUUGAUAUAUUUUAUUGUAGUUUAAUAGUCUACAGAAUUCACUGUCGUUUAGAAAAUGUGACAAAAUAUGGACUUUAUAGGGUUGUCCUGUACACAAGCACAAACUCCCUGUUGGUGGUUGGCUGAAAUAGAUUUGUAUAAAUCUGGAAGAGCCACUUUGUUUGUGUCCUCAUUUACAGAAGCAAAGCUGUGUUCAAACGUAUUUUUUAAGCGUUACGCAGAGCAGACAGCCAGGGUGGACAUUUAUCCACAGUUUGACAUGAGGUGUGUUUGGGUAGAAAGUCUUUCUCCACCUUUAAGUUCCUGGUCUCCUCUGGUUUGUCUACUUUUGUCGCAUCGAGGUGUUUGGACCUCAAACUACCUGCUUGCAUGUCUGGUUGUAUUUCUUCGAUUCCACUUUGCAACGUGCUGUGCUAGACCAACAGGAAGUUCAUGUAUCUUAGACGACAAGUUUGUCUUUUUCUUCUUCGGCAUGUCAGCUUUAGAGCUGUCAUAUUUGUUUUUUGUUUGCCAAAAAAGGCAGUGGAACAUGUUAUUGAAUUUUUAUUAAUUUUGUGACAUUUUUUUAAACAAAAUAUUUAUCUCUUUUUUUUUAGGAUUAUGAGUAAAAUUUAAUCUUUUUUUCAUGCUUAUGUUAAAUCUGUAAAAGAAGACUUUGUGUGUAUAUUUUUGGUUUGCAGAGGUUUUUUUUUUUUGUUCAUUUUAUAUUUCAUAUCAGACGUACACAAAUCUCAUGGCUGCAGUAAAUCUCCACAUGUCUGUGAUUUACGCUCGAUGUGACGCCACUCACCGCUCGCCAUUGUUGGCUGCUGACCGGCCAGACAAGGACAGCUAAAAGCAAUAAUGGCUGCUCUCCCCGUGAUGUACUGCACUGUAUGUCAGAUCCUGCCUUGAUUUUAUUAACAUGAGAGCCUUUGCUCCAGAGUAACAGAGUUUAAAAGCACGGCAUAUCCGAGUGUUUCAGCGGGGGGUUUGUUGAAUAACCCUCUUAUGUGUGGUAGAUUUGUGGAAGCACCAUCAGUCUGAGGAACUCCACAGGUUCUUUUCGCUGUCGACUUCUUGUAGCGCGACAGCUGCUGGCUCAGGCUUCCUGCCAUUGAUUUCAGCUCCUCCUCAUUCACCUGCGCCGCUUAUCAUCACGUGAGCGUUUUUUGGUGUUUUUUUUUCUGAGCGAGAGAUCGAAGCUCUCGGGUCUCCGCCGUCAUCAGCUGAUUUUACAGCGAAGGAUUUGCGUUGUUCAUCGUAGCCGAGUCUCCUCUCUGUCUCCGCCACCCACGCCAUGCCUCUUGUUUGUAAUGCCAUAUGUUUUGCACAUUGUGUACAUAUUUAUAUAGAUGUAAUGCAUAUUUUUAUACAUGUGUAACAUCCAUUGGGCUCUCUAUUUUGUAAAUACUCAAAAAGAUGUAUAUAAGUACUGUAUGCUUUUAUGUGUCAAUAAAAUUUGGUGUACUGUGAAUAA